AUGGAUCACAUACCUGUUGCCGAUGGAUACGGCUUUACUUUCCCCCCCGUGCCCUACCUCUCUCGACUCGACUACGACUCCACCUGCCCGUUCUCUGAAUAUCCCUCUCGGCAUGGCCUCAGCACCGAGGCUUUCUUGCGGCUGGAGUUUGGCCAAGAGGGCCGCUCGGCCGAGGAGAUAGCUGCCUUCCUCCAGACAUGGCUGUUCUUUGGCCUCCUCAGCUGUGCACUGGAAGUGCCCGUACAGUCAUCCGAUUUUGUUGACUAUGGCCAGCAUCCUCCGGUGCUGACAACGCGGGAUGCUCUGCCUCGCUAUCUAAAGAGACAGCGCCAGGGCGACUUCUCAAAUGAUAAAAGGACCGUGAGAAUCCUAGACGAAGCACGCGUCUACGUCCGCUGUCUGCAGGACGCUCAGGAAGCUGGAUCCGAGUUGGUUCCGCCAUCGGUGCUGCUCUCCAUCAUGGUGCUGGGCGCGACGUUGGAGACGAUCCUGCACGACGCCUACUGGGCAACCCAUGACGAGUCGCGCACGAAGACGUAUGAUUGGGGAACCUCUGUGCUGCUCAAAGAUCAGCUGCUCCAGCGGGGCUGGUGCAUCAACGACAUAAGCCGGCUGUAUUCGACCAUGUCGGUCCCAGCGGUCUUGUAUGCGUCGACGAUUCCAAGGCGAGAGGCCAUCCCCAAGGAAGCACACGCGGCGUGCUCCGAAGACGGCUGCGUCGCGAGGACAAUCGACGAGGAGACGUACCAGACCGCCCACGUCUGCCGCGACCCGCAGUCGUGCGAGAUUCUCGAAUCGCCGCUCGACAUGGUCAAGCAAGUCCUGGACGAUGGCGACAUCCCCGUCCUAAACAUAUCACUUUCAAACGACAAGUACGAGCUCACUGCCUCGUCCAACAAAACCACAAAGUACAUCGCCAUCUCCCACGUCUGGUCCGACGGGCUGGGCUGCAUCGGCAAGAACGAACUCCCAGUCUGCCAGAUCGCACGGCUCUACCGCCUCUGCCGCGGCCUCCACGACUUCGUCUACAACAAGAUCUUCACCGCCAACGUCUUCGACAUCUACUCCGGCCUCAGCGAAACGCCUGCAAGCGACAUCUUCUCCCUCUCCCGGUUCCGCGGCAGGAAGAAGCAGCAGCAACAACAACAACAAGAAGAAGCAGCCCCCCCAACCGUGAGCCUCUGGAUCGACACCCUCUGCGUGCCGCGCCCCAAGGACUACCGCCGCCUGGCCAUCGCCCGCAUGAGCGCCACCUACGCCCUCGCCUCCAAAGUGCUCGUCCUCGACUCGGAGAUGCUCGCGCUGCCGCAGUCGCGGCCGGCCGCCGAGCUGCUGAUCCGCAUGCUCGGCACCGGCUGGAUGCGGCGCGUGUGGACGAUGCAGGAGGGCGCCCUCGGCUCCAAGCACCUCUACGUCCAGCUCGCCGACGGCGGCGGCGUCCUGGACGUGCAGCGCGCGCUGGUGCGCAUGCGGCGGGCGGCGGGCGACAACAAGACGACGACCAACGACCCGGGCGCCGCCGUCGUCGACCGCGACACGGUCGUCUUCUUCGGCGAGCUGGAGCGGGUGCGCGACGCGCACGCGACGCAGGGCUUCGCGCUGUCGGGCUACCAACGGCGCGUGGGCGACAAGCACAAGAACGAGCGGCACGAGGGCGCCAUGGCGGGGGCGCUGGCGACGGCGCUGCGGGCGCUGGAGGGGCGCGCGACGACCAACGCGGGCGACGCGUACCUCUGCCUGGCGGGCAUGGUCGGGCUGGGCGGCGACGCCGUGGGCGAGCUGUUCGGGACGCCCGUCGAGGGGCGGGCGCGCGCGCUGCUGGCCCGGCUGAAGUACGUGCCCAAGGGCAUCGUCUUCUCGCCCGGGCGCAAGCUCGACGCGGCGGCCGAUCAGCGCGGGUACCGCUGGGUGUGCGCCAGCUUCUGGGAGUCCAAGGUGUUGCUGCUGCCGGACCAGACGCGCGAGCGGGCGCGCUUCGAGCCCGCGGACGGCGGCCUGCGCGUCGAGUACCCGGGUUUCGUGCUCGAACCGCUCGCCGGGCCUCUGUCGCCGGCCUACUUCCUCUUCCAGCACCGCGAGACGUGGUUCAAGGCGACGUACGAUGCUGCGUGCGGCAGCAGUCCGCAAGAGCUCGUCGACGCCGCCGACGACGACGAGCAGUCCCCCCCGCAGCUGGGCGUCGUUUGCUCCAGGAGCGAAGUCGUGCAGCAUGGCCCCCGCGGGUCGCACACUCCAGCCGCGUUGGUGGCUCUGUUGGAGGGCAGGAAGAAGAGUCUCCUGGGCUACCUCGACCGCGAGGGAAACGAGCAGGUCUGGUGUCGGUAUAUAUGUCAGCUGACUCUGUCGACUCCGCAGCCAGGGGAUUUCGAGAGGGGUGCGGCCGUCGGGAAGGCGGGGAGGCCGAGUUGGGGAAGCGACGGGUGGAAGUUGAGGUCGGUGGUCAUACCUCAGGUUUGGUAUAUUUCUUGA